AUACAGGGCUUGUGGAAAUACUGUUAUGCUAAUGUUUGUACCACACCUGUAAGUGAUUACCUGGAUCUGCACGAGCGUCUUAGAGGCUCAAACAGGCUUAGCAAAUCCCUUUAAAAGUUAAAGGGGAAAUCCCGGUUAAAAAAAUAAUAAUCAUAAAGGCAGCGUGGAAGUUCCAAAUGGGGAAAAUACCAACUGAGCUUCUGCAGUAGAUGGUCUCGUUCGCUUUGUUGCUGCAUUUUCGUCUGGUGAAACUGGAGGAAGCGCUGUGUAACUGCGCAAGAAAGACACCCCGAUCUGCGCAUGUGAGGAAAAAGCUGGCCUGUGACGGAUAAUCAAAUAAAUUAUAACAUUGAAGGGAUGGGCUUUGUAUCAGAAAACUGGUGACGGAGUCAGAAAUCGCGUGUGUGACGAUUGUUUCCAGAUGUUGGCCUCCCUACAAACUGUUACUAUGCUCCCCUUCUCUCCCUGCUGUGAUGGCGGCACCAGCAGUGACUCAGACUCGUCCAACUCGUUUGCUGUGGCGGACAUGGACCUGGAUGUCAUUGAAGAGUAUUUAAAUGAACAGAGAAGUACGAGUGCACACCUGGCUGAGGUCCAGCCUGAGCCAGGAGAUUGCUGCUGGAAUGAGGAAGAAACCCGGUUUAUAGAGAACAGCUGGUCUGGACGGUUUCCCUACGAGUGGCAUCUUUACAGCACGCUUUCAAACCCCAGCUCUGAAUACUGUGGGCAAGCGCAAGCCCCUGCCUGGCACAGCACUGCCAGCGUCGAGUGGGGCCACUGCCAGUCUGGGUAUGAAGUGUGUCCAAGCAGCGAUUCAGACUCCCAGUCCAUGAUCUCUGCAUCCAAUGACAAUGACAUCCCCACCUUGGACAGAAGAGCAAAGAAAAACCCCAGCAGUCCCCAGCUAACAUCCCCCAUUGGUAAAAAGAAAGAGCGCCUCUUCCAGUUUCUCUACGAGAUGCUCCAGACCCCGGAGAUGCGACCCUGCGUCUGGUGGGUGCAGUCCCACAGCGGCAGGUUUCAGUUCUCCUCACAGAACAAGGAGAAACUCGCCGAGAUGUGGGGGCGGAGGAAAGGCAACCGGAAGACCAUGACUUACCAGAAGAUGGCCCGAGCUUUGAGGAAUUACUCCCGGACCGGGGAGAUCUCCAAGGUGAAGAGGAAGCUCACCUACCAGUUCAGCGAUUUCAUUCUGAGCAGGCUACAGGGAGAGAUCAAGAGAGGGAGCAAAUGAUAGAGAGGACUGUCAGGGAAGCACCCCUGGAAGAAAAAACCAUAAAUACUGAGUAUUUACUAACCUUGUAACUUGCACUGUCAAACGCUAAGAUCUGAAAAAACGCUUGCUUGUAAAUUUAAUCAGAGUUCUGAUCGGGUUGAACUGUGUGUCACUUUUUUUUUUUUAAGUGAAACUGCCAUUAUGAAAUCUAGUUUACAAUCGUAGAUGCUGAGAAAAGUGGAAAGUCGUCAGGCUUUGGAAAUAUGUCUGUAAAUCUAAGGAUUACCUUUAUUCUUUUUUAAAAGUUAAAACUACUUUAUAAGUAGCCAUAAUGUUCAUGUUGGAACACCUGCCUGACUUGUUUACGUUUAUUAUCAUUUUUUUGGAAUAAAAUAUUCUUGUAAUAUA